AUGUCCCACGAAAUGCCCCAGCGAAUCCGAGGAGAUUUCAAGCGGGUCAAACGAUGUGAUGAUUCGUAUUGUAUGCCUUUUGGAAGAGUGAAUGAUAUUGCAGGUCGACUGCUCGUCUCUCCUGAACAGCUGCAUAACAGUGUUGACCCUGGCCCAAGCAAUCAGCAAACUUCUGACACCUUGCUUUGGGUCGGAUCAGUCGAAUAUUACAAAGCUCAACGACAAGCUGGCCGAUACGCUACAGAGAGCGACGCUGGUGAUAUGGAUUUCGUCAACAACAUUAGAGUACUGCACAUGGGGCAGAGCGUUGCUAAGGCAAUUCAAAGCGAGAUGAUAAACACGCAGGAGGACUUGCAGAUCUUGCAGUGGGAUCUGGAGCACGAAGACUCGUUUCCUGACGUGACGGCAACCAAGGUGAUCACUCCUUUGGCUCACCAACCAAUGUUUGAAUUUGAGAAAAGCGAUCUCAUCAACUCCGAGACGAGGUGGUAUGGAGCGCGAGAAAUUGUUCCUGUCGACAUCUCAAUGAGUUUGAGCUCGUCUUCGGAGCUUCUCGACGCAUGGAAACAAGGAUAUUAUCUUUAA